UUGUUGUGGUUUUUGUUCCACUAGCGGCUGGUUUCGUGCAUGCGAUGGAUCACACGCUGUUCGGCUGUUUGCGCAGCCCUCACGGCCCUCCGCAGGCCCUGCACCCCGCCUUUGCCCUUCACGGACGCUCCGAGAACCUCUCCUCGUACCCCAACCUCUCCACCUCCUCUCCUUCUUCUACCUGCAUCGUGAGCGGUUACCCAGGUGAGGAUGGGGGUCUGUUUGGGGGACACGGGCAUCAGCGAGGGCCGCCCAUGUCCCAGCAGCAUCAUCAUCAUGUACCCCAGCCGCAGCAGACCGGAUGGCACAUACCGCAGACGGCCAGCGUCUCUCCAGCAAGCGCCCGUCUAGGACUGGGGAUCUCAGCCCCUGACUCAGGCUCUUCAGAGAUGGGCCCCGGGGGACCCAGCCUCUGCGCAAGCACACCGAGCCUUGGCGGAGGGGUGCCCUCGGGUGCCUCCUGUGUUCCUGGAGGGGAUUUCGGACGUCAAACGAUGUCUCCAGCCGAGGCGGAGAAAAGGAAUAGCAAACGAAGAAGUGACAGCUCUGAGUCCCAAGAUGGGAAUUACAAAUCGGAUGUGAGCAGCAAGCCAAGGAAGGAGCGGACGGCGUUCACCAAAGAGCAGAUUCGAGAACUGGAGGCAGAAUUCGCCCAUCACAACUAUUUGACCAGACUGAGGCGGUACGAAAUCGCAGUGAACCUGGAUCUCACGGAAAGGCAGGUAAAAGUGUGGUUUCAGAACAGACGGAUGAAGUGGAAGCGAGUUAAAGGAGGUCAACAGGGGGCGGUAGCGAGAGAAAAGGAGCUUGUGAAUGUGAAGAAGGGAACGCUGCUUCCCUCUGAGUUUUCGGGAAUUCCUGGACUCCUCCAUACACCGGACUCACUUAUCAACAAUGAGGACAGCCACGACAGCGACCAGAGCUCUGAGCACGCUCACUUAUGA